AUGCCUGCCGAUGACCCUUUCGCCUUUCUGGCUGCUGAGCAGCCCAAACCCGCCCCUGCAAAGAAACCUCACUGGAGAGACAAGUUGUUCUCAAAGGAUAAGAAUCGCUCCACCCCGGACAAACAGAUCGAGGACUUCCUGGCGACCUCGCGACCCGUCCCUGAUGGCCUUGCGCCCAAGGCCGACAUCCCCAAGGACUACUCCAGCGCCCCUCAAGCUCAAGUUUCGAGUUCUCUCCCAAUUCACCAUCGUGACCAUGCCCCUCCUCCUUCAAUCCCUUCAAUCCCUCCCAUCUCCGAGGAAGACUAUGCCGCCUUCAAUUUCGACCAGGCGCCCCCUCCCCAUCUCCAGGAUGCCCCUCCCCAACCACGCCCCCUGCCCGCCGAACCAGCUCGGAAACCCACCAUGAGGCGUCGCAAGAACAAGGGCCUCCGCAUCGGUUUCUCGGAUCGUGCCCCCGAGAUCAUGGGAGAGGGUGGUGACGAGUCCGAGUACCCCACCAUCGAGAUCUCCUAUAAUCGCAAGCGAGCGCUGGAGCGACAAGCGGCGAACCCCCCCGCGCCGCGCCCCUUCACGCUCCCCACUCCCGUCACUCCGAGUCAACACCACGCUGGGCGAAGUCCUAAUUCACGACCCCCGCCCACACAGAAUGUGCAGGAUGCGGAUUUAUUGAGCACCCUGGGCAUUAGCAACAAGCCCGGUUCGCGACUCUCCUUCCGUGGGUCGCCAGAUUCGCAUUCGUUCGCCGAGCGCGUACGGAAUCAGAUGCAGGCUGAGGAAGGUCGGGCUUUACACAACCACUAUACAGAUGAUGUGGAUGUCGCAUCCCCGGCGGAUGACGACCAGGAUGAUCUGCCUAGCCCUGAAUCACCCCCCGAGAUGCCACCAUCGGCAUUUAGCCCGCAUGACGCGCCACCGGCGAAUUACGAUACCCCUCCGAUGUCGAGCAGCUCGAAUCAAGCACCCUCCCUCAAAUCGAUCGUUCAAUCUAUUCGAUACCCUUCCAGCCCUGCUGUUCAUCGCCCCCCGGCCAACCUCAGCCCCGUCGACCCUCGAGGACCCCCACCAGGUCUCGUUCCAGGAAGCCCUUCCAAACCAUCAUCUCCUCCUAAGCCUCCCGCACACGAGAUUCCCCCAGCGAACCAGUUGGUCUCCCCUCAGCAAAGUCGCGAGCCAUCACGGAGCCCACAACCACCAAAGUUCUCUCUACGCAAUGUUGCCAAUCAGGUGGGCGACACCUCGUUUGCCGAGUUCAAGGAUUAUAUUGCCCGAUAUGAUAGCCUUUUGACAAUGGCUGCGGAGAGUGUGAAGCCGUUGAUGGAAACCUCUCUGAUGGAAUGGAUUCGUGCGGCACACCCCCCCAGCUAUGCUAAACAGGCCGUCAUCGACCUCGGCAAGUCUCUGUGGAUCAAUGAGAAUAUUAUCCCCACGCAUUAUGAACUCGCUCAAUAUGGGCAGAUGAGCGUGGACGCUCUUCUCGCCGUGGCCAACACCACCGCUAAUAAAGAACUCGUCGAGGCCCUCACCCUGCACCAGACUACCCUGAACCAUCUGCGCUCUCUUUCCAUGUCUAUCAAGCGUAAUAAUAUUCUUGCAGUCAUCCUCGGCGAUGAGCAAUCUCCUAGUCACCUGGAUACCAGCAUUUGGCUCCGAUACCCAUUCUUCGCCCCGGACGUAUCCGCAGUUCUAUCUGGCAAUGCGACACGAUCAAUGCUUGCCGACAAACCUGGCAAGGCCCCGAGUUUGUUCCACAUGAUGCCGCUCGGCGACACCCCGAGGUACUUCAGUUACGGCAGCCUGUUUGUCCAAGCAUGUGUCAGCUCCAGCGAGGACGAUGGCGAACAAUACGCCAUGCCGUGCGCACUGACCAUCAUUCGAGAGCGCUCGGACUGGUAUGUCUUUGCUGCGAUUACCAGCCAGAGCCAGCUUGUCAAUAUCAUGAUCCAGUCCGACCGCAAGCAGGGUCCCACUUGGGACGACGUGGAAUGGCAGGUUCGAACACACUCUAUGCGGGUGAAGCUACCCCGCGGAUUCGAGCUGGAUGUCAUGUUCAAGGAAGAUGAUUUCAAAACACUUUGGAACAUUGUUAAAUACACGCAGAAAUCGGAGGGUAGUCUUUCACCGGAACCCGGUGAGACGGUGGUAUUCGAAAACACCCUCAAAGUAUUCCAAUAUAUGGACCCGGGAGCGCAAAAGGCAUUCCCACCCGAACCAUUGGAGCGUUGCCGCAUUCGUUUAUUCGAGCGUCAUGUCAAGGUGACCGAAGGUACUGGAACGCGAAACGCACACCGCGGGUUCAGACUUGCCGUCUUGACAAGUCCCAAGGUUAAGACUCUUAGCAGCAUCCGUCACGUUCUGGGGCAAGGGGCGCCUGUUGUAUUUGGGCUGUUGAGAGGAGAGGAUGGCGCUGCGGCGCUUUUGCUCAAAGUUACGGAGGACGGACGCACCCGGUCUAUGUUGAUGACUUUCCAUGAAGCGGAGGAGCGCACUCGGAUGCAUUCGGUGUUGCUGGGUAUGGCUCCUCGGGAGGGAGAGAGCAAGACUCCCGAAUACCCUCUUCGCGCUUAUAGUAUCGAGCAACCUGGUGAGGCGGGGAGUGGCAAGGAAGCCAUUAAUCAUUUACAAUUCCCUGCUGGUAAUGUGUUUGUUAUUGAUCAGGAGGAUUCUUAUGUGGAACACGGUUAUGGUCCGACGAUUUUGUCCGAAAAUUUGAGGGCGUUUAUUGCUACGGAGUGGGGGUCUGUUACGGAUCGUUUUAAUAUGGGCCCCGGAGAAUUGAAGCUUGGGCUGGAUGUCAAGAAUCGGACUGGUAUGAGCUUGUAUCGACCGGCACAGCAGGAUCUCACGGUUUCGCUGGCGGAUAAUCUUGUUCGUCCUGAGAUGCCGGACCAGGUCGCCGACUUUAUUCAGAAGAUGACUGCGAAGCCGAUGGUUCGUCGAUUGGACUUUGCGAAUAUCCAGGCUCUUCAUGCAUUUGAGCAGGCCGUUACUGGAUUCUCGGUGAUAUACGAUAGUAUCGCAUCCUCCUUCACCAUCUCCCGACGUCGCAGUAUGGUCCCGAUUUACAAGAAAUGGGAGGCCAGCCUGGCGCGUGUCCAAAUCGUGAAGCAGGAGAAGGUCGUGCAAUUACUUGCUUUUUUCCAAGACUUCCAUCAUGGUUCAUGCAUGAACUUUGUUCUCAAGGGCACCGAUCAUAUUGAGUCCUUCGGUCGGUCCGGCAAAUUCGGUAUUCGAAUUGUCGAUGCGAAGUUUGCUCUUCCGAAGAAGGAUGAUGACCCGGGAUCAGGUUUUGUGUGUCUUGACAUGCCUGAGUAUCCGAUUGAACACGAUGAUAUUGCUAUUACGUUUGAUUCGGAGGCUGAGCGCACCAACUUUAAGGUGGCCUUGCCAGGAUCUGUGCGUGAACCAUCUCGGAUGGGUUCCCUGCGUCGAUAG